AACGACGAGGUUGGUCUUGCCUGGCUUGAACAGGUGUUUGAGCGGGAAACUGCGAGUAAAACUCGCGGUAGUUGGCGCCUACUCAUACUUGACGGCCACAGCUCUCACAUAACGAUGGCUUUUAUCGACUAUUGUAGUCGCCACAAGAUUCUACUACUUAUCUAUCCACCUCACAGUACCCAGACGUUGCAGCCGCUUGAUGUGGGUUGCUUCUCACCUUUUGGCAACAACUACUCCAAAGAAGUCACUGAACAACUCCACCAGAGCCAGGCCUUGACUGGCAUCAAAAAGCGUCAUUUCUACAAGCUUUUCCGAGCCUCCUGGUACAAAACAUUCAACAGCGAGCUUGUGCUGGCCGCGUUCAAAGCCACGGGCAUCUCACCACUAAACCCAGCUAUUAUACUUGACAGGUUUCAGAACAAGCCAAGCGAGCUUCCGCGAACUCCAUCUCCAUUACUCGACGUCAAUAGGGUCGCGAUAGAACAGUUUUGCAAGGCAAUAGUGAAGGACUCUACAAGUUAUGAGGCAAGGAAGCUGGUUCGCACGUUCAACUACUUAGCAGCUCGCAACGCCCUUCUGGAGGUAGAAAACGAAGGCCUCCGCAACCAAAUUGACACCCGGAAGACCUCUCGGAGGUACCACCAAGCCCUACCGUUACAGGCCUCCAAGUCCUAUACUUCCAACGCGAUGUUGUGGUCUCCAACAAAGGUGGAUGAAGCCUAA